AUGGCCGACCAACCGUCCAAUUCCGCCUCGGUCGUGCUCAACAUGAGCGCUACUAAGCUGCACCUCAUUAUAGCUGGGCUGUGGCUAUCCCUGUUCGUCUCCGCCAUGGAUACAACCAUCAUCACCACCGGCCUCAUCAAGAUUUCCAGUGAAUUCCAAGCACUCGACCAGGCCGCAUGGCUGGUUACCGCUUACCUGCUGACCUACAACUCUUUUCUGAUCAUCACUGCGAAAUCGAGCGAUAUUUGGGGCUUAAAGGCCACCAUACUAAGCUUCAGCGCCUUCUUUCUCGUUUUCUCAAUGGCCUGUUCCGCCGCCCAAACCAUGACCCAGCUCAUCGUUUUCCGCGCAUUGCAAGGCAUAGGAGGGUCCGCCUUGUAUUCUCUCGUGUUUGUGGCCAUUGUCAAACUGGUCGAUCCAAGCAAGAUUGCAUUUUACUCGGGCGUCGUGAGCUCCGUCUUUGCACUGGCCAACUUGCUUGGCCCCGUAUUGGGAGGUGUCAUCACUGACCGUACAAAUUGGAGGUGGAUAUUUUGGAUGAACGGUCCCAUAGUGGGGACGGCCAUCGCCCUCCUCUUGUAUGCCAUGCCAGGCCUGAGCAAUGGGAAAUCCAGCAAAGAGCGAUUUCGUGACUUCGACGUCGUUGGAGGCGCCCUCAGUGUCUCAUGGCCAAUCCCACUCCUCUUCGGUCUUCAGGAAGCUGGCGUUCAUUAUGAAUGGGAUAGUGCGAUAAUCAUAGGUACAAUGGUCACUGGCGUCGUCUUGUUGGCAGUCUUCGGCCUGUACGAGACCUGGGCUACAUACAGGACGAAACUCGACGCGUUGUUCCCUGUCAGACUUCUCGAGAAUCCUACAACCGUUGCCACCUUGAUCAGCAUGUUUCUUCUAGGGAUGCCCUUUUACACCAUGUUUAUCCAGCUACCACAGCGCUUCCAAAGCGUUAAUUUCACGACGGCGGAACGAGCCGGUAUACUUCUCCUUCCAGUGACGCUCAUGACGCCAGUUGGCGCUGUGGUUGCGGGUGUCAUGGAUAGAUGGAUUGCCGCCGAGUACGUGCUUAUAUUGGCCACCUCAACCAUCAGUAUUGGGAUAGGCCUUUUGAGUAGCCUGCCAGUUGACGCUCAUAUCAGCAAUGCCACGUAUGCGUAUGAGGUUGUGACGGGUUUUGGAUUAGGCCUCGCAAGCCCCCCGUACUUCAUUUUCCUCUACACGAGUAUUCAUGAAAGGGACGCAUCGGUCGGCACAGGCUCCCUGAACAUGGUGCGCACACUAGGAGGGGCUGUUGCUGUCGCCAUCUGUACCGCCUUGCAUCAUAGCCUUUUGCAGACAGGCCUAGCGGACUUUCUUAGCCCCGAGCAAAUUUCUUCCGUGAAAGAGUCGAAUGGUUUGGUUUCAAGUCUUCCCGCCGAGAGUCGAUUACGGCUAGGACGCGUGUUUGGUAGCAGCUACAAAAAGCAGCUCCAGGUUGUGUUGGGACUCUCGCUAUUGAAUUGUGUAGUUGCGAUCAUCAUUGCGGGUAUUCGGAAACGGGCGGGGACGUUUGGGAAGCGGCCCGUGAGAACGGAGGAGAAUGAGUUCAUGAAGACAGCGGAGAAAGGAGGAGGAGGAGGAGGAGAACAAGUGGUUGGUGCGAAAGGCUCGAGCGGAUAA